AUGUCGCAAUUAAAAGAUCAAACCACGUCACGUGAGUCAUGUUCCGCGUUCGAUCCACAUAAGCACCUAAACAUCACAAUUAACCCCGAUGGCUCAUGCACGCGCCACUUCGUCUAUCCGAUGGUCAAUCCCGACCCGGACCCGUCCCCGGGAAAACUCGCCGCCUCCAAAGACGUCACAAUUAACCAAGAAACCGGUUUAGUCGUCCGAAUUUUCCGACCAACCAACCUCCCUUCUAACGACAACACGGUCGCUCGUCUUCCGAUCAUCCUCCACCUCCACGGCUCCGGUUGGAUCCUUUACCCGGCCAACUCCCCCGCAAACAACCGCGGUUGCUCUCAAAUGGCUAGCGAGUUAACGGUGAUAGUCGUCUCCGUUAACUACCGUUUAGCUCCUGAGCAUAAACUCCCGUCUCAAUACGACGACGCAUUAAACGCUCUGCUUUGGGUCAAACAACAAGCCGUUGACUCAACUAACGGAGAGCCAUGGCUUAGAGACUACGCCGAUUUUUCACGGUGCUACAUCUGCGGCUCGAGUAACGGCGCCAACAUCGGUUUCCACGUGGCGUUAAGUUCGUUAGACCACGAUUUAACGCCGUUAAAAAUCGACGGCUGCGUUUUUUACCAACCGUUUUUUGGCGGGAAAACGAGGACGAGAUCGGAGCUGACGAAUUUCGCCGAUCCGUUUAUGCCGGUUCCGGCGAUCGACGCGUUGUGGGAGCUUUGUUUGCCGGAAGGUGUUGAUCGGGAUCAUAGGUAUUGUAAUCCGUUGGGUUAUUUGCCGCAGAAGGAGAAAGUGGGGAGAUUGGGACGGUGUUUGGUGAUCGGUUACGGCGGAGACACGGCGGUUGAUCGGCAACAAGAUUUCGUGAGUUUGCUUGUUAAUGCUGGUGUUAGGGUUGAAGCUAGGUUUGAUGAUGCUGGUUUCCAUGGAAUCGAGCUUGUUGAUCCACGGCGAGCCGUUGCUCUUCUUAAUAUGAUCAGAGAUUUUAUUAAUUGA